AGUUGUUAUUUUUUGCACGUGUCGACCCUUUGUCUUCAAUUUAGACACUGACUGACUUAAAGAUUUAUUCUUUCUCUGCUGCACAUAAUUAUAAAAAGAUGUAUGGUAGAACUGUAUGAUCGAUCAGACAUCUCUGCCGAUAGACUCUUCACAAUGUCUGCCUCCAGCUCCAUGGGAAGACGUAGACGUAUACAGCAGAAAACCCCAUCUGAGGAGCAGUUAUCUAUAUCCAAACAAUCACUGCCAACAGAUGUACAUGCAGAUCAAUGCAACCGUUCACCCUCCCCAUCUUUCUUUCCUACCACCUCAUCAAUACCAGAGCUUGAAAAGAAAAUUUGCUCGAAAAUCCCAAAAAUGUCAAGCUGGGCAUGGCAUUCUAUUCCGUUUCACUCCCUUCCUGAUUGGCUAAAAGACAACGAAUUCCUUCUGCAUAACCAUCGUCCCCCAAUGUACUCAUUUCGUGGAUGUGUCAAGAGUAUUUUUCGACUCCACACAGAAACGUUCAACAUUUGGACUCAUCUCCUUGGUGCCCUAUUCUUCAUCAUGCUGGUCGCUGGUGUGUACAUCUUUGGUGAUUACAUAACGUUUCUUUUUGAGGAUAUCCAGAUUCACAAUUUACCGUUGCAAGAGCAAGCCACUCUCUUAUGCUUUUUUGGUGGUGCUGUAUUGUGCUUGGCCUGCUCUGCAAUAUAUCACACGUUUUCAAACCACUCAAAGGGAGUACACGGUAUUCUUAGUAGACUUGAUUACACUGGUAUAUCGUUUCUAAUCACUGGCGGCUCAGUACCUACCUACUACUAUGGAUUCUACUGCACCACCUAUGCCAAAUAUGCCUACAUAGUGGUCUCUCUGUGCCUCGGUACCCUGUGUGUGUGUGUCAGUAUGUGGAAGAAGUUUGCGACUCCAAAAUUUCGAACACUUCGAUUUGCCGUCUUUGUUCUGCUUGGACUGUACGCUGUAAUUCCUUUUGUGCACAUUUUCGUCAGGGAUGGCUACAUAGUGUCGACUAAUGCCUAUUCAUUGUGGGGUUUUGUGUUGAUGGGGACUGUGAACAUAUUUGGAGCUUCUCUAUACGUUAUGAGGAUUCCAGAGCGAUUCUUUCCAGGAAAAUUUGAUAUUUGGGCAAGCAGUCAUCAACUAUUUCAUGUGUGUGUCGUCAUGGCUGCACUGGUGCACUAUAAUUCACUGUUGACCAUGAUCACAUAUCGUCUGAACGUUGGUAGUUGCGUUGAGAGCCUUAAUUCCAUUUGAUACGCUUUUGAAGCGUUUUACAUUAUUUAUUUUGGUACAUAUUUUCCAUUUCACGAUAUUUAUUAUUUUUACCAUAUAUCAUGUAUAACAUAAUUAUCAAUA